AUGCCCCUCUUGGCUUCUUCUCCACCCAAAGCAAGCCAUAAUAAAGACUUCUCAUAUCUUAUCGUUUGGUUUGGUGAUCUCAAACUACUUCUUGCAUUUCUCUCUUCUUUUUGUGCCUCAGAAUUUGUCAUAACUUCCUUUGGUUUUAGGCACCAACAUGGUCUUUGUUUUUGUCAUAUUGUUCUUAGCAUCAACAAAUAAGUGAGUUAUGCCACAAAAUGUUGGUUUAAUAAAAAACAAAGUUUCCAACUUUACCAAACUAAUAAAUAUUAUGGAGUCCAUUUUUGUGAUUCUUCUGAUCUUUAUGGUGGCAUCAAAUCCAUGCUCUGCGGCGCCUUCUCCUUCUCCCUCUGCCUCUCCCACCAUUUCCACUACCAACAGUUCCACAUGCCCAGUGUCCAUGAAUUAUGUGCAAACAGUCCCUUGGAACAGCUCUUCCUGCCAAAACUUCCAACCCUUGGCAUCACAAUACCAAACAAAAACAAGUCCUUGUUGCCAAACUCUGCUAUCCCUCUUUGGAAUAGCACUUUCACAAAACCUCAAAAAAAGCUCUCUUUUCCAACUCCCUAACCUCCCUACCUCCAGCUCUUGUCUUCAACACUUCCAAUCCAACCUCACAUCUCUCUCACUUCCCAACAACCUUGUCUCCUCCUGCUUUGAUCCAUCUCAAUUUGUCAUCUCUCCAAACAUCUGUGCUGGUAUUCAAAAUAUUGAAGAUUGGCACACUAGGCUUGGUCCUACACCAGAGCUCAACACUGCCUGUGGACCAGACCUCACUGACCCUAACCAAUGCAGAACGUGUGUGGCUGAGGGGGACAAGGUUCAGCAGAGGCUUCUUUCUAUUGAUGGUAAUGAUUCACAUUCCCUAGAUUGCUUUUACUUCGCAACACUUUACCUGGCUGGAGUUGUCAAUGAGCUUGGCCCUGAAAGCAAAGGUGUUAUGUCUUGCAUUUUGAUUCUGUUGCUUAAUUCACAAGUUGAUUCAAGGGAUGGCCAUUAUGCUCUUGUGUUGGGGUUAAUUUUAGCUUCACUUGCAUUCCUGGUAAUCAUAUUAGGAUUAGGAUUUUAUUGUUGGUACACAAAGAAAAGAAAAGUGGAAAAUUUGCUAGCCUAUGCUGAUCUACAGGAACAAAGCUUCAGCCUAAGGCUGAGGCCAAAUGCAGUGUUAACUUGGUUUGAAUUUGAGGACCUUAUGAGGGCCACCGACAAUUUUUCACCUCAGAACUUCAUUGGAAGAGGUGGGUUUGGGUUGGUUUACAAGGGCAUUCUACCUGAUGGCUCAAUGGUUGCUGUGAAAAGGCUUGAAGAAUCAGAUUCUCAAGGUGAUGCUUUGUUCUGCAGUGAGGUGGAGAUUGUUAGCAACUUGAAGCACCGAAAUCUGGUACCGCUAAAAGGGUGUUGUGUGGUUGAUGAGGGGAAUGAGAAUCACAAUUUUGAGUACAGAAGAAGGUAUCUAGUUCAUGAAUAUAUGCCAAAUGGUAGCCUUGAAGACCAUCUCUUUCCAACCAAACUAGACAAUCAAAAUACAAAAAAGUCCCUUACUUGGUCUCAAAGGAAAAGCAUAAUCUUGGAUGUGGCAAAUGCUUUGGUUUAUUUGCACUUUGGAGUUCAACCUGCAGUUUUUCACAGAGAUAUCAAAGCCACCAAUAUACUACUUGAUGCAGAUAUGAGAGCAAGGGUUGGAGAUUUUGGGCUAGCCAGACAGAGCAGUGAAAGUAGGUCACAGCUAAAUACUAGAGUAGCAGGAACUCGCGGAUACGUGGCACCUGAAUAUGCACUUUAUGGUCAGCUAACUGAGAAGAGUGAUGUCUAUAGCUUUGGUGUGGUUAUUCUUGAGAUAAUGUGUGGAAGAAAAGCCCUUGAAUUGUCUCCAUCAGGAACACCAAUUUUCUUGAUCACAGAUUGUGUUUGGUCAUUGAUGAAAUCUGGAAACAUAGGAGAGGCUUUGGAUGCUUCUAUGUUAGGAGAUGAAAAUUGUGCUAGAAACAUAAUGGAGAGGUUUUUGCUGGUUGGAAUUCUUUGUUCUCAUGUAACGGUUGCUUCAAGGCCAACAAUUUUGAAUGCUUUGAAGAUGUUAGAAGGGGAUAUUGAGGUCCCACCAAUUCCAGAUAGGCCACUGAGUCAUGGGAACUAUGUGUUGUACAGUGGUGAUUGCUCUGGGAUGAGCUCAGGAUGUGGAUUUGUGAGCUCAUGAAAAGUUGAAUGAUUCAUAAAAUCCAUCCUUGAUGAGUUGGACAAGAAAAUGCGGAUCAUUCAUGAGGGAGAAGCUGGAGGAUGUGAAGUGCAAGAUACCAAGAGCCAUGCCCUUUGGGACAAGAGUGCACCUCUUGUUGGAAGGUCUUGCUUGUGGGAUAUGUACGACAGAUAUUUGCCUGGAGGAGAUUAAGGGGAUUAAAGAAAAGAGUUAGACCAAGACACUCGAUGCUUACUAAAGCAGCCACGUGCAAUUACAUGAUAGGAUCAUCAGAUAAUAUCAUCCGUGUAACAGACCCAGAGCAGGAUCCAUAUGCCACUGCUGGAACAAAACCACAAAGUCCUUUUGAUACGCCUUUAACCACAACCAAAUGAAGAACAUCAUCUGCUGCCACAAUAGCUCCAAAUCAAACAUUUUAUCCUAAAAAAUCAUAGCUUUUCUUUGCUGCCAGAUCUUUCACCAGAAUUUGAUGUUGUCCUGCAGCACAUAGGCAUUUUGAACAAAAGUGUUCCUUUUGAGAUUGUGGGAGAACAGAGCUAUGGCCAAAAAGAUUAUACCAUCUCUUCCAAAUAAGUUUAGAUGCUUUACAUGAGAAAAACAAAUGUGAUGCAGUUUCUUCUGACCCUUGGCAGAAAGGGCAUGAUAUAAGUUAUUUUCCUGCACUUGAAUAUUUCUUCUAUUAAGGUUUACCUUAGUUGGUAGUCUGUUAUGAAAUUACCUUGGCCGGGAUUUUGAUAUUCCACAAACUUUUGAAAAUGUCCAGCUGCAAUCUAUGUAAUGCCAAAUAUGUAGAUUUAACUCCUGGCUUCCACUAUGCAAUCUAUGUAAUGCCAAAUAUGUAGAUUUAACUCUGAA